GUCGCAUGAUGAUUUAUACCGACUGAUACUUACAGAGAAAAAAAGGGUAUUCACAACUCAAAAAUGGCGGAAACCAAAGGUUCCGAACUCAAGUCUAUGUUUUCGAGUGCUCGUAUGCAAGAAAUGAAGCAAAACUUUGAUAAGUACGCGAAAGGCAAGUCGAUAAAAUGCGAAGACUUCGGAAACGUGAUGAAAGAGUGUGGGGAAGAUGUUGCACCGUAUCAGUUGAGGAAAAUCAUUUCUGAAGUGCAAAGCGAAAAGGAAGGGAUGAUCUCCUUUGACGAAUUCACCGACAUGUUUUCAAAGAUGUCUUCAAAAGCGGUUGGGGGUCGCUACAAACAUGCUAUCGAUAGCAAGAAAGGCGUUCAAAAAGUGGAAGGGGAUUCGUCAGCUUCCGCUGAAGGGACAAGACACUCGUUUUCCGAUGACGAGCAGAUUGGAUUUAGUGAUUGGAUUAACUCUGUUUUAGAGGAUGAUCCAGAUCUAAAAGGUAAAGCAAAAAUUACUUGACAGAUAAAACUUAGUUUUUUCUUUCCUUAAUUCUUUUACCUCGAAGUUUUUAAAAGCAAACGAAAUAUGUCAUAACUUAAUGGAAUGGCAGUAAUAAAAAAUUCUGUCCAUUUGUUCACCCGAAAUGUGCCCUUUUGGAUUUGUCGUCUCGACCAAUUCUCUACAACAAAAUAUAUCUGAUCUUUCUUCUGCAGCUAAUUCAUAUGAAGUUAAUCCUCGCAAUGCUUGACUGCAGAAAUUGUCGCAGAAAAUUUUCACCGAAUUUAACACAUCGAGACUGGAAAUAAACGUUGAACGGGCAGAAGUCGUUCGUGACGCAGUUGUAAACAAAAUUGUAGGAUUCACAUUAUAUAAAAAAUAUGAAAUAGUGCCAAUCUAAUCGAACUUUGAAAAUUGAUAUUGCUAAUUAAAUCCUAUAAUUAGAGACUUGAGAUUAAGAUUUUCUUGGCAUCAUAAUGUUAUCAUAAUAAAGUUAAAAUAAAUGAAGUCAGUAUUAAUUAUAUGGUUGUUGCUCUUGUAGGAAAAUACCUUCCAAUCAAGGAAGAGGAAAAGGAUGCUCUAUUCAAAGCCAUGGAAGAUGGUAUUCUUCUAUGUAAAUUGAUAAACUGGGCUGUUCCUGGAACGGUUGAUGAACGAGCCAUCAACAAAAAGAAACUAAACGUGUAUAAUAUCCAUGAAAAUCAAACACUGGUGCUGAAUUCAGCGAUGGCUAUUGGAUGUAACAUUGUGAAUAUCGGAGCGCAGGAUCUGAUUGAAGGCAAACCUCAUCUCGUUCUUGGCUUGCUGUGGCAAGUUAUCAGGGUAAGUGAAUCAACUAGCUGUAGUCUGAGUGAAAUAUUAAGACUUACAUCAUCGCACUUUCGUAUAGCAAGCGUUUCCACCCUAGGUCUUUGAAAAGGUCGGCUAGGUGUCUCACUCGGAUCAACCACUUUGUUUCCAAGUGUUUCAGAGUAAGUUGGGCUGAAAAACGCCGGUGUCAAGAGACGAUCUGUGAGUUUAAAUCAAUCCUUUCCGUCCAAUAUUCUGCAUUGGCAGUUAACUUCGCAAUAUUCAAACUUUUAGAUCGGCCUGUUCGCUCAACUAACAAUCCAGAGGUGUCCAGGACUUGUGCGUUUGCUUGAAGAAGACGAGACUAUCGAGCAACUUUUACGUCUACCCCCGGAAUCAAUCCUACUUCGCUGGUUUAACUACCAACUUCAAGAAGCCGGACAUGUUCGGCGGGUGGCUAACUUUUCAUCUGAUAUACAAGAUGGUGAGAAUUAUAGCGUGCUGCUACACCAGGUAAAACAUACGGUAGUUUUAACUCUUCUACUUAGUUCGAGAAAAAAUUAAUCUGAAAGUACUUAUUAUUUAAAUUCACUCCAUUUUCUUGACGCAACCGAGAGCUUUUCGCGCGGCUGUAUCUCAGUCUUACUUUCCGCUAAACCACAAAUGAAAAACGCAUCAAAGAAACCGCCAUCUACGCAGGUUAUCAUUGGUUGAUCCAAGCACGCUGUUAAUGUACCUUAAUGUGUGUAUCGCUCUAAAAAGUGUUUGUUUAGGAUCGCUUUUCUUGGGAAAAAACGAGCCUCCAAGAUAGUCGUGCAGUUGUGCCCUAAAAAGUGAUGCGCAAAACGCGCGGGGCACUUGGCUUGUUUUAUUUUUUCGACGUCCCUACUAUCUGAGAGCCUGGCUCAGGCUAGGAAAACGGCAAAUGGCGAGUGAAACGGCGCGUGCGGAGAGCGCGAGGAGACAGCCUUAGACAGUCAGGGCGCAAUGGGCCGGUACCCAAUGGGCCAUGUUCACACGGCAGGCAUAUUGUCCCGAGAGACUGCAAAAGCUUUGCCUUACCACCGUCGACCUCGCAGUGAAAACCUUGGGAGCGAGGCUAGACAGGUAAAACAAGGCUACUUUAGUCUCUCGGGACAAAAUGGCCGCCGUGUGACAAAGGCCCAUAAAUUGCAAAAGUUGAUCCACCGUAGUCCCGGACUAGAGGCAAAGUUGUCAUGGAUACAAGAGCGAGCGAACAAGCAGGGAAGGAUCUAGGGGGUAGGGUUUCUUCCCCUCCCCUACUUAGGUUGUUAAUUCAUUUGCUGGCAAUGUGCGUCAAUCCCGUGGGGCUGCUAGCUGUUUACAUUCCUUAAGUAGCUCUCUUGUUAUUUCAAUCUCUGUCAACAGAUCGCUCCUGCCGGUCUGGGAGUUGACCAGCCACACCUGAGCGAAUCUGACCCCACCAAACUUGCAGAGCUCGUCCUGGAAAACGCCAAGAAGAUGAAAUGCCGCAAGUUCGUCCGCGUGAAGGAUAUCAUCAAAGGUAACGCUAAGCUGAAUCUCGCUUUCUUGUGCAACCUUUUCAACAACUUCCCCGCGCUGGAACCAGCUGAGGAGGAGUUGCCCAAUCUCGAGGAAACACGCGAGGAAAAAACGUUCCGCAACUGGAUGAACAGCAUGGGAGUCAAGCCUUUUGUACACAACCUUUUUUUGGAUCUUGAUGAUGGCUCUGUUCUACUACAGCUGUUUGACCUGGUAAAGUAUAAAGCCUAACAGUUUUCUGGAGGGGUUCAACUCCAAAAAACAACACAAAUUUUCGAAACUAUUAUACUUCUUACCGAUCAUCAAUGAGGAAAGGCAUCAUAUAUACUACCCCACCCCUGGCUAUACUCCAUUAUUUAACUCAUCUAACAUUUUAAGGGCAACAAAUGUUACCCGUAAUAAGCGUGAUCCUUCGGGGCGCGCGUCUUAAAAGGCCUACCCACCUACACCCAAGGCUGAUGCCCUCCUCUUAUACUCUUCAUCAGUUUAUUUUACAUAAUCUUCGAUUAACGUGAGGGUGCUUAACUCUUAACCAUGUUUCAGAACGAAACGUGUCAGGAACUUUACCCCUAUAAUAUAAAACUGAACUUAGGGGAGUAAAUAGAGACUGUACGGUAGCUGGGAAUGGUGCUUUUGCAGUAUUAACAGAGUGAAUAACGAUAAAUGGUUGGCCAUCCAUAGCUGUCAGGGGAGGAUUCAGGAAUUUUUUUGACAGGGGGGCUCCAAACACCUGCACACUGUAGCUACUGUUUGACGCUAGUUACCCGCCCCUUGUUCCUGUCCAUUAGUUUCUGGUAAGCUUUCGUAGACCCUUUGAUCUGCUAUCUGCACGAGUUACAUCUAAAACUUGUAUACGUGGUCAAUACCGUCAAUCCCCAUAAAUUUACCUUUAGAACAAAAGACAAUACCUAUAUCAGGUUGUAUUGUUUACUAACGCAGAUAAAAAAUGGACUGGUGGAUUGGACCAAGGUGAACAGACCACCUUAUAAGAAGAUCAGCGAGAAAAUGAAGAAACUCGAAAACUGCAACUACGCUAUUGAAGUUGCCAAAGCGCUCGAUUUCUCAGUGGUUGGAAUAGGCGGCCAGGACUUACUAGACGGCAAUAAGAAGCUGAUGUUGGGUAUCCUGUACCAGGCAAUGCGUGCAUAUACCUUGGUGAUCUUACAGAAAUGCGCAGGAAGCGACAAGCCAAUCAAAGACGAAGAAAUCGUCUCGUGGGUCAACGAGAAGCUGCAACAAGCCGGGAAAGAAAGCAGAAUAACCUGUUUUAAGGAUUCCAGUAUUUCAACAAGUGGAUGUGUGUUUGAUUUGAUCGACGCUAUAAAACCGGGUUUCAUUCACUACAAUAUGGUUACCAAAGGAGACACAGAAGAGGACAAGCUGUCUAAUGCCAAGUAUGCUAUCUCAAUGUCGCGGAAAAUUGGUGCCAAAUUAUACGCGCUGCCUGAAGACCUGGUAGAGGUGAAAACAAAAAUGGUGCUGACUGUGUUUGCUUGUAUGAUGGCUGUAGAUCACGCACUCUCGGCUGCUAAGCCAUAAGGACUGUUACUUGCAGAAAUAAAAGUGUUGGACGUUUCUCUAAGUUAUUAAUAUCACACGUAUUUUUCUUACUGCCAACCAAUGACGGUACACAUCGCCACAUUAAAUCAGGAGCUAGGAUAUUUUUAAACGGCGCAAAAUCAGUUAUAACAGAGUUGAGUUCUUCUUGUGCGAGUUGAGCUAACAAAUCGUU